AUGAGUGCUGUUCCUGUGGUCACCUUCAACAACGGACACACCUGUCCCGUCAUCGGCUUGGGCACGUGGAAGUCCAAACCUGGCGAGGUGACGCAGGCUGUGAAGGAGGCAAUCGACAUCGGCUAUCGGCACAUCGACUGCGCACACAUUUACCUCAACGAGAAAGAGGUUGGAGAAGCGUUGAAGGCGAAGUUUGACGAGGGCGUGGUCAAAAGGGAAGAUAUCUUCAUCACAUCGAAGCUCUGGUGUACCUUCCACCGGCCGGACCUCGUGGAGGGAGCGCUGAAGACCACCCUCAAGAACUUGGGCCUAGAGUACCUGGACUUGUACCUCAUUCACUGGCCGCAAGCAUACAAGGAGGGUGAUGAAUUAUUCCCAACGGACGCUGAUGGCAAAGCGGCGCCAUCACCCGUGGACUUUGUAGAUACCUGGAAGGCGAUGGAGGCUCUCGUGGACAAGGGUCUGGUGAAGAGCAUCGGAGUCUCCAAUUUCAACAAGAAGCAACUGAAUAGGGUCAUGGAGGCUGCAAGGAUCAAGCCCGCCGUCAAUCAGAUCGAAGUCCACCCGUACCUGAACCAGCAGAAGUUGUUCGACCACUGCAAGUCCCUGGGCGUAGCGGUGACUGCAUACUCCCCGCUGGGCUCCCCCGACAGACCCUGGGCGAAGCCUGGUGACCCCCAAUUGAUGGAGGACAAGAGGCUGAAGAGCAUUGCCGAUAAAUACAAGAAGACCAUAGCGCAGGUCCUCAUCAGAUACGCGAUCGAUCGCGGCAUGAUCGUGAUCCCGAAGUCUGUGACGCGUUCCCGCAUCGAGCAGAACUUCCAGGUGUUCGACUUUAAGCUGGCGCCCGAAGACCUGCAGCAAAUCGCGGAGCUCGAGUGCAACGGCAGGGUCUGCAGCAUGGGCGACGUCCACCAUCCAGACUACCCGUUCCACGACGAGUUCUAG